AUGCAGGCAUUUUUAAAAACAGGCAAAAUAUCAACUACUGAUAAACCAUCUACUUCAGGAGUUAAAUCGACAAAGAAAAAGGCUCCAGCUCCAUGGGUUGAAAAAUACCGUCCAAGAACUAUAGACGAUAUCGUUGAUCAAGGAGAAGUGGUUCAAGUUUUAAGAGAAUGUCUCGCUGGUGGUGACUUACCACAUCUGUUGUUUUAUGGUCCACCAGGAACUGGUAAAACAAGUGCUAUCUUGGCAGCUGCUAGACAGCUCUUUGGAGAUAUUACUAGAGAUCGAGUUCUUGAACUGAAUGCUUCAGAUGAAAGAGGAAUACAAGUCAUAAGAGAUAAAGUGAAAACAUUUGCCCAACUUACAGUCAGCAAUACAAGACCAGAUGGCAGACCAUGCCCGCCAUACAAACUGGUUAUCUUGGAUGAAGCAGACUCAAUGACGACAGCAGCGCAGGCAGCCUUACGACGAACUAUGGAGAGAGAGACGAGAACUACACGAUUUUGUCUCAUAUGUAAUUAUGUAUCGAGAAUCAUUCCACCAAUUACCAGCAGAUGUUCGAAGUUUCGAUUCAAACCACUGGCGAGGGAGAAUGUUAUCAAGAGAUUACAAGAUGUAUGUAAAUCAGAGGCUGUCGAUGUUGGUGAUGGUGAAGUACUCCAUCAAGCUGUAGACACAUGCGGGGGAGAUCUACGACGAGCGCUUACAGCGCUGCAAUGCUGUCAGCGCUUACUCGGCAAAAUUACAGCUGAUGGAUUAAUUGAGGUGACUGGACUUGUACCUGAAAAUCUAGUUGAUGAAUUUCUAAAUGUGAAAAAUUACAAUGAGUUGGAGAAAUUUGUUGAGAAUUUUCUAAUGGAGGCGUACUCAGCAUCUCAAUUAUUGGAACAGCUAUCAGAAAAAGUGGUGAAUGCUGGACAUUUAACUAACAAACAGAAGUGUGUGAUAAGUGAGAAGGUGGCUGUGUGCUCUCAUCGACUAUUGGAAGGUGGAGCUGAGGUUAUGCAGCUAACAGACCUUGGCUGUACCGUCAUUAUGGCUAAUAAUAACCCAUAA